AUGAUAGAAGAAAUCGUUGAUGAAGUUCCAACUAGUGCUAUAUCCUCUCAGUCUACGACUGCUGUACGAAAGUUGGAAAGAAUUCUGUCAAAUUGUCGAAUUUGUGGUGAUUCUGCUGUUCAUAUAAAUUAUGGUGUCAUUUCAUGUGCUUCAUGUAAAAUGUUCUUUUAUCGCAAUAUCAAUGGUGAACAACGAGAAACACUCAAAUGUGAUUUUAAUGAUAAUUGUGAAAUCACUAUUUAUAAUCGUCACAUAUGUUCUUUUUGUCGGCUUGAGAAAUGUUUUGCAAUGGGAAUGCAAAAGGAAUUGAUUCGCGGUUCGAGAUCAACAAAAAAUAGAAAGAGAGAUAGACCGACGACAACACGACUUCUCCUAGUGAGACAAGACAAAAAAGAACAGUCGCAACAGUUUUCUACAUUGAAUCUGUUGCAAUCAGAUGUAUCGACAUUGAAUGUCGAUCAAUGGAAUCUUCUUUCGAAUUUAAUUCAUUGUUACGAUGAACACAGUGGACUUCCGUACGCUCAACAUUUUAUCAACGAACAAAAUAGUUUACCUCUCAAAUGUCGCUUCAAAUGUGCGGCGAUCGGAGAAUUUAUUCGACAAAUCUUACAUGAAGGCCAAUUGAUCUAUGAAAAAAACGGUGACUUCCUUUCGUUAUGUUCGCAAGAUCGUUCAACUUUAAUUCACACCACAGUCAAACAUAUGUCAUGUUUUGGUGGAACAUUUAUUUUAUAUCAAGCUCAAUUAAUGGACUAUCCGAGUUUCUUUCAAUCCGGUAUCAUUCUCUUUGGCUUACCUGCAAUGGUUACUGCAAAAUUUCUCUCUGAUUUGUUUGAUUCCGACAUGACAUUUAUCAAAUUAGCACUUUCAAUACUUGCCUUUUCAACAAUCAACUAUGUCGUUUACGAGAAUACGGCUUCAGUCAAUAUGAAAAAUUUGAUUGAAAUCAUUCGUAUCCAAGACACGUACACCGAUUUAUCAUGGCGAUAUUUACUCUAUAAAUACGGACAUACUGAAGCUGUUCUGCGUUUUUCGAAUCUAAUCCGAUGUAUUCUCAAUGCUAAUUCAGCUAUCAUUCAAGCUGCCACAUUAAAAGAAUUUCCAGCAAUUAUAGAUUAUGUCGUUAAACGAACUGAAAGCAUACUCGUUUUCGAUGACUAA